AUGGUUGAAAGUAAACAGCAUAUGAUAUGGGUGGCGGGCCCAGUACUUGGGAUAAUCAGCUUCAUUGCAACAUCUUUGAGAGUGUACACUCGGGCAAUUAUAAUAAGAUCUUUUGGUAUUGAUGAUAUGUUGAUCGUGAUUGCGGAACUAUUGACGUUGUCUUAUCUUGUCUGUAUUCUUAUUGCUGCAAAACAUGGGUUGGGAUUGCAUCUUAAAGAUAUUGCCCCCGAUAAUGUUAGGAAGACUAUACAGGCGAAUUGGGGCAGUAGUCAGAGCUACACUAUGCAAAUAAUGUUUGCAAAGCUUUCACUGUUAUUCUUCUACCUCCGAAUCGGAGGUCCUCGCUGCGGUGGCCUGCCAACCUGGUUUCGGAUUUCAACGAUCAUGCUCAUUGCCCUUACGAUUGUUGUUGGGGUUAUCAGUGAAGUCAUUAUUAUCUUCCAGUGCAAACCGGCCAACCACCAGUGGAAUCGAUUGUUCCCAGGUGCCGAUCCCGAUGGAAAGUGCUGGGAUCUUGUCGUAUUCUAUUUCGUUCAUGCUGGCCUAAAUAUUUUUCUUGACGUGGUCAUCACUAUACUUCCUAUGCCGCUCCUUUUAUCACUUGAGCUACCUAGAAGGCAGAAAAUAGGUUUAUGCGGGCUGUUUUCAUUGGGAGGAGUGGUGUGCAUAAUCAGCUUGGUAAGGGUUGUCAAGUUACCUGCGCUGAACAAAAGUAAAGACAUCACCUGGGAUAUAACGGAUGCAAUCGUAUGGUACUAUGUCGAAAGCACUCUCAUCGUCAUAGCAGCAUGUGGACCAUCAUUGAAGCCGUUGAUUCGAAAAUACGUACCAGGGCUCUUGGGCUCCAGCACUCCAGAGAGCUCCGGGAUAUAUCAAGGCCAAGGGAGUAAUUGUACCACGCACCGAGUUGGGCGGAGAUUUGUAGAAGACGUCAUAGCACCUUUGCCGCCUGGAAACCAAACCUCAACCCAUAUUACUUCAUCCAAGGAUAGAAGUUUUUACGGGGAAUGCGAUAGCGAGGAGAGGAUUAUCCAGGAGGAGAUUGGAAUGGGUAUCAUGAAGAGGACGGAUGUCGUGAUGACGGUGGAAAGUCAGAGUGAGAUAGACCUGACUAUCUCGCGGGAUACGUUACCAGAUGCGGAGAGUGGUAUACGGCUGGAGGUUUUGAGUAGCAGUAACGUAUACGUAGAGAAUUCAAAAGCUAACUUAAAAUGA